AUACCAUAAUUGCUUCUGAUACAUAUAUUUUUUCUUUUUCGUCCUAUGUGAUUUUCAGAAUUUAAUCCAAGAAAUACACCUCUCAAAUACAAAACUCAACAUUCCAAAGAUUUUAUGACACGUGCUUGUCUAAAAAACCCCUUCAAAAAAUUGGGUAUUUUAUUUUGAAAACACACAAAAUUCACACACUAAACACGCAUACGUAGCUUCAAGACUGGGUUCAGGAAAUUGCAAGAAGAUCAAAAUGGGUGAUGGGCAUAACACCAAUAGAGGAUCUGGGGCUGCAAGUAACAAGCCAGAAUGGCUACAACACUACGAUCUGAUUGGUAAAAUCGGUGAAGGAACAUAUGGGCUUGUUUUUAUUGCCAAGAUUAAGUCAAAUCGAAGCAAAUCAAUUGCUAUCAAGAAGUUCAAGCAGUCUAAAGAUGGUGAUGGUGUUUCCCCUACUGCUAUUCGAGAAAUUAUGCUGCUCCGUGAGAUAUCACAUGAGAACGUGGUAAAGCUAGUGAAUGUGCACAUCAACCAUAUAGACAUGUCACUUUAUCUAGCUUUUGAUUAUGCAGAGCAUGAUCUCUAUGAAAUCAUUAGACAUCACAGAGACAAGGUUAACCAAGCAAUCAAUCCAUACACGGUCAAAUCAAUCCUGUGGCAGCUACUUAAUGGGUUAAAUUACCUUCACAGUAAUUGGAUUAUGCAUCGAGAUCUAAAGCCAUCAAACAUUCUGGUAAUGGGUGAUGGUGAGGAACAAGGUGUUGUUAAAAUUGCUGACUUCGGUUUGGCAAGAAUUUACCAAGCUCCCUUAAAGCCCUUAUCUGAAAAUGGGGUGGUUGUAACUAUCUGGUAUCGUGCACCAGAGUUACUUCUUGGAUCGAAACACUAUACAAGUGCUGUUGAUAUGUGGGCUGUUGGCUGCAUAUUUGCUGAGCUUCUGACGCUGAAGCCACUAUUUCAAGGGCAAGAAGUAAAAGCAACACCAAACCCUUUUCAGCUUGAUCAGCUCGACAAAAUAUUUAAGGUCCUAGGCCAUCCUACACAAGAAAAGUGGCCUACACUUGUUAAUCUUCCACAUUGGCAACAAGACGUUCAGCACAUUCAAGGGCAUAAGUAUGACAAUCCCGGUCUUUACAGCAUUGUUCAUCUCCCACCAAAGAGUCAUGCUUAUGACCUACUCUCUAAGAUGCUUGAAUAUGAUCCUCGAAAACGAAUUUCAGCAGCACAAGCACUUGAACAUGAGUAUUUUCGGGUGGAACCUCUUCCAGGUCGCAAUGCACUGGUAUCAACGCAACCUGGAGACAAGGUGGUGAAUUAUCCGGUUCGUCCAGUAGACACAACUACAGAUUUUGAAGGAACCGCACCUCUUCAGCCUGCUCAGCCGGCUUCAUCUGGAAAUGCUGUAACUGGUGGUAUUCCUGGUCAACAUGUGAUGCCAAAUAGAUCUCUUCCUCGGCCAAUGCAUAUGGUGGGAAUGCAAAGAAUGCAACCUCAAGGUAUCGCGGGUUAUAAUAUUGCUUCGCAGGCUGGUAUGGGUGGUGCAAUGAAUCCAGGUGGUAUCCCUAUGCAGCGGGGAGUUGCUCAGGCACAUCAACAACAGCAGCUGAGAAGGAAAGAUCCAGCCAUGGGAAUGAGUGGAUACCCUCCACAACAGAAGAGGCGCUUCUGAAGCAAUUAUACACAAGUUUUUUAAAAGAUCGAACAAUGUAACCCAUGUUAGGCUAGAUUUAUCAGAAUUUUUGAUGUACAGAAUUUGCAUUUAUGUGGAUCAGCCCCAAAAAUAUAGCGCAAGUGACGUGGGUUUUGGUUGAUGCUACCGCCGUUGUCUUUCGGUUUGUCUUCACAUGAUUAUAUCUUUGCAUAAAGGUAUUCAAGUCUUUUUGAAUUCAUGUGGCAAGGCUUGAUAAUUUAACCAAUUCCAGUUUCAGUGUUAGUAGUAACAACUACAAAGCUACUUGGAUCUAACACUGCAAUCCAGCUACUUGUGCUGUUGAUGCAUAAUGUAUAACUCAUUGUAAAGCUUUUACAAUAUUAUAUCUUUUCAUUUGGGCCAAUCAAAUGAAGUAUUCAAGUUUCUAUACAACGGAUAUGGGGAA